AUGACGACAGGGCAAGUGCAACUCAUCUCCGUUCUCAAAGCGUGCCCAAACUUUGCCGCCGCCGGUGGCAGCAUUUCUCCAUGCACAAGUCCUACAACUCUUGUUGGUCCUCCAGAGCUCAAACUCCCAACCUCACCACCACCUCCGCCUCGACUUCAUUCAGAAUACAAACGGGCUUGGGCUCGCACCCCCUCAGCGGCCAAGAGCCGCUUCCGCUCCUUCGGUAACCCCUUCCUUGAUAUCUUUUUCCAUGCCGUAGGAGACACCCCCACCAUUCGUAAGUAUCUGAAGCAACUGCUUCCGUUCGCCUGGUCCCACAAUCCCCUAACCACCCUCAAGGUCAUUUGUUCUCUACAAAGGAGCUGUUUCACUGCCAGAUUGUUUCACACCGCGGCAUUCUGGCUCCACCAGAACCACCCCAAAACCCUAGCAGAAAACGUGGCGGCUUUUGCUGAACCAGGAAAGUUUGAAGAACUUCUCGAGGUUCUGUACCGGAAUGUAGAUGUAAAUGGCGAGGGGAUGAGGAGAAUGGUGAGGACUCGUGAGUACGAAUACCAUCUGGAAUUGAUACAGGAAAAAGUAGACUGCGGCGGGCGUAUUAGUAGUAAUAAGAGAAAGGAGAUGAUGGACAUGGCCAGGAAGGCUGUUGAGAUGUACGAGCGCGACCAGAAUUAUCAGUUAUUACACGAGCGGGUUUCGGAUCUUUAUGCUGAGUGCUUGAAGUCUGAUAUUCAAAAUUUGAAAGAAUAUGAGAAGGAAAAGAUGGCUGAUGCCGUGGAGUUGAGGUUGACCACGGCGGCAAGGUGGUGCCCUUCCGUUGAUUCCUACUACGAUCGCGCCACUUUGCUCUGCGAGAGCAUUGCGAGGAAAGUUUUCCUCCGAGAGAAAUGCUCACAAGGAGUUAGUGUUGAGGAGGAGGCUGAUUAUGGGUUUAGAGUCCGAGAGCAGUUGAUGAAUGAGGUUUUGGAGCCCUUGAGGAGGUUCAUGAAGCAAUGCCUCUAUGAUGAUGAUUUUCCAAGAGAGAGGAGGUCCCAUGCGGUUAAGAAGUACUGGAUGGAUAUCAAAGCCGGUAAGUCCAAGAUUGAGGCAAGUGCUAUGCGUCCCGAUGAGAUCAUAUGCCAUGCGAAUAACCGCAACUUCGAGCAACUGGCUGACCCUCAGUGGAAGGCAAUGGUGGAGGAGAUCUAUUUAAAGCAGGGCAAGUUGAAGAACUGCUUGGCUGUGUGUGACGUCUCAGGAAGGAUGUGUGGGCACCCCAUGAAUGUAUCCUUAGGUUUGGGACUAUUGGUGUCUGAACUGAGUGAGGAGCCAUGGAAAGGAAAGGUCUUCACUUUCAGUCGAAACCCUCAGCUACUUACGAUACAAGGCGAUGAUCUUAAGUCCAAGUGCGUGUUUAUGAGGAGGAUGGACAAUCAAGACUGGCACGGUGACGUUGAUUUUCAGAAGGUGUUUGAUUUGAUUCUCGAUGUGGCUGCGAAUGAGAAUUUGAAGCCAGAGCAAAUGAUCAAAAGGCUAUAUGUCUUCACCAGUUUUCAAGAUUUUGAUGAUGCUUCGGUGAAUAAUUGGAAGACUGAUUACAAGGCAAUACAGAGAAAGUUUAAAGAGAAAGGGUACGGGGAUGUGGUGCCACAGAUAGUGUACUGGGAUAUGAAUGACGACGAUCUUAUCCCAUGGGUGCGCUAUGCAGAACAAGGGGUGUCCAGGAUGAGUGGGGACUGCAACGAAUUUGUCCAGUUCCUUUUGGACAACGGGGUUUUUGGUCCCGACCAUGUCAUGGAAGCAGCCUUCUCUGGCGAACAAUUUCAAAGCUUGGCUGUAGUCGACUGA